GAUGUUGGAAGUAUUCAGCAGGUUAGGCAGCAUUUGUGGAAAGAGAAUUAUUUAUUGUCCACACACACCCCCCUGCCACCACCACCUUUGGCUACUGAGAACUAAUUUGUGUUUCUUUCUAACCCGGUUCUGAUGGAUCCAGACCUGAAGCAUUAACUCUGAUUCCCUUUCCACAGCUGCUGCCUGACUUACUGAGCAUUUCUGCUCCCAAUUAAACCGUUCUUCACUGUCGAACAAAUGGCCUCGUGCCUCUCAUUUCCUAGCCAAUAAAUACUCGGGAUUUUUUUUAACUUCUGGACAGUGUUCCUUCCGUUAUAGUUUGCCUGUAGUGUCCUGGAGAUUUACUUUCAACUAUCAGAGACUCAGGAUCACAGCCAGAGGUUUAGCAACCCAGAUGGAGGCUCAUGUUCCCUUUGCGAUCUCUACCGUCCCGAGUUACCCUGAGCAGGGCUUCCCAGCUCUAAUGGACAGGUACCAGUAACCGAGCAUCCAUGGGCCCCAGGUCGGGAACCCUGAGAAUCCAGGAGUGGGGUUAACAACAACACAAGUGAAUGAGGUAAAACAUUUCUAAAGGAAUGCUUCCCCCCUCCCCUUUGUUUUGGAUGCUUUAUUUCGAGGCGGUUUGCUUGGAAGGGAUGGAAGGAGGCCAUUGGUCCAAAUGGAGCAGUGCUAGCCCUGAAAGAGUGCUGAUUGGCUAUUCUGCUCCUCAGCCCUGCAAUUAGUCAUGCAGCAGGGAAAAAGGCCCUUUGGCCCAUCUUGUCCAUGAUGACCAAGAUGCCCAUCUAAGUUUGUCACAUUUGCCCAAGUCUGGCCCCUAUCCCUCCAAACCUUUCCCAUCUAAGUACCUGUCCAAGCAUCACUGAACUCUCAGGUGUCCAAAAUGGUGCUGGUCACAUGGCAAUGUCUUGUGAGUGGCUGACAAAGCUCCUAGAUAUACCAUGCAACACACAAAAUGCUGGAGGAACUCGGUAGGUCAGGCAGCAUCUGUGGAAACUAGUUUAGUCGAUGAUUGGGGCGGAGACCCUUCUUCAGGACUGAAACGGGAGGGGAAGGUGCCUGAAUGAAAAGGUGGGACGGGAGGGGAAAGAGGGUAGCUGGAAGAUGAUAGGUGAAGCCAGGUAUACUGGUGAACUACAGUCACGGCAUCUGCAGUCUGAAAUUUACUUUCUCCUGAAGAAUUUGGUGAAGUUGACUCUCAAGAAUGCAGAUAUGGCCAAUGUUGGGGGAGGACGCUGCAGCGAGGCCCAAGGACAGGAAAUGAACUUUUUGCUCUGUGCCGAUUACAGUGAUGAGCCAGAUUAAGACGUUGAGGUCCCGAGAGUGGGAAAUGAACUAGAUUUCAGUGACUUUUCUCUCUGUACCUUCGGGCUGGAGGUACAGGAGUUGUUGCCUUUGCAGCCACUGGGAUUUUGGACCAACUUCAGUCACCUCACUGCUGGGCUGACUCCACGGCCUGUGGGCUCACUUUCAGGGAAUCUGCAUCUCACCUUCUGCGUAAUUACUUGUUCACUUUUUAACUAUUUGUAUGAUUUCUCCUCUUUUGCACAGUGGAUGUUUGUUAGUCUUUUUUUUUGUGGGCGCCUGCAAGAAGAUAAAUCUCAAGUGUGUAUAUGGUAUAUAACAGAUUUGAAUUUUGAACUAUUGUCAAUGUAUCAGCCACAUCCUCUGGCAGCUUGUUCUAUUUUCAGGCCACCCGCUGGCUGAAACCUUCCGAGCAGUGCGGGUGUCCCUCAUUCAAAUCCUUCUUGAGGAAAUCUGAUCGGAAUUUGGGAUUCUGAUGGCACUGGAAUGAGUGAGAAUCCACAGAGGCUUCGUGUUGUCACUGUCCAAAUCCUCAAUGCAGGUACAGGCUUUGAGGGAGAAGCUGAAAGCAGCCAAUAUCCACACCAGCGAAUCAGAGAAUGGUUUACUCAGGAGGUUCCAAGAGGUGACCAACACGCUACAGGAAAAGGACGACAUGAUUCAGAGGCUGGAACAACAGCUGGACAAGCAGAACAAACUGAGGGGCGAGGAGGCGAAAAUAAUUGAAGAGAAGGCAGCCAGAAUCAAGGAGUGGGUGACGCUUAAGUUGAGAGAAUUGGAAUUUGAGAACUAUCAUCUCAAAGUGACCACCCGCAAGCAAGCUGAAGAAAUCCAGGCCCUGCAGAAUAAAAUUCAAGAUUUACAAGGCAAAAGGCUGGUGACUGGUGUGACAGAGGUGUCUGGUUCUCCUCCUGCGCCCCCAGCUCCUCGGACACCCACUCCGCCAGGAAAGCCUGACCAAACCGCACGGCCUCCGCCUGACGAUGAAAAGGAGCUGCGUCAGGAGGGAAGUGACCCGACAGCCGAAGGGAGUCCAGGCGGGGAAGCCGGCCUAUGCGCCUGCAGCCUGGCCCCAGCAGCGUCCAGCCCGGAUGUCUGGGAUCACGGGGGCGAGUCACAGCCGUCGGCAGACAGCCCGGAGUGCGGGGGACUGAGGGCUGAGCACGCCAGGCUGCAGAGGGUAGCCAAGGAAGUUCUGAGAGCAGUCUCAGAUAUCCAGAGUGGAUCCGCCAUGCAGAAGGAGUCUUCCUGUGAGGAACACAACACCAUGUUCCACCGGCAAAGACUGGACUCCUCGAGCGAAACCAACGGCCCAGACCUCCUCCUCCCCGCCAGGCCACCUCCCCUGCUCUCGCUGCCCUCGCCCAGACCCAAGGCAGCUGCGCCUGCGCCACUGAGCCUGGCCACCAGCGCAGGAACCAGCAUGACUCUGCCCAAGGUCAGGACCCCGCUGGUGCCCAGGGACAGCAUCCAGCUGGCAAAGAAACACUGCAGCCAGCCCCAGGCCGGCGCUGAGCGGCCCAACCACGUCGUCUCCAUUGACAUCUCCUCCUUCAAGCCCGCGGCCAUCCCGCUGCCACCCGUCCAGCUGCAGGAGACGGACAUCGACGACGUUUCUGAGCAGAUGGAGACGGACGAGUGGGCCCCUGCUGCCGUCCACGACACGUCCCGCUUUUCGGUGGAGGCCCCAGGUUCUGAUUGCUCCAGGCGCAUCUCUGCCAGCAAGCCCCCACCCCCACCACUGCACCGUUUUCCCUCAUGGGAGGGCCGGAUCUACGCCUUGGCAAAAUCGGGCAUGAGAAUGUCGGAUGUGACCUUGGGAGCUAAUCCCUCUAAGAGACUGUCGAACCUUCCUGCAGGUAUUACAUCUGGUUCAUUCACUCAGCUCAUCUACAAGAACAUGACGGUUCCUGUCUACACCACCUUGAAAGGGAAAGCAACACAGAUCAGCAACAUUCCCUUCCCCGACGAGUCCUCGGGAUCCGACGACGACAGCAGUUCCCAGGCCAGCUUCCGAACGUCCACCGCAGGGUCAGAGUCGAGGAAAGCCAAUGGCCCUGGGAGCCCCCGAGCUGUGAAAAGAGGCGUGUCCAUGUCCUCUGUCAGCUCGGAAAGUGAUUACGCCAUCCCUCCUGACGCCUGUUCUGUAGACAGCGAUUAUUCCGAGCCUGAACACAAACUCCUCAGGACCGGUUCCGUCUACUCCACAGAAAGCAACUGCAACGAGCCUUUGGAAAAAUCUGGGUACCUGCUGAAGAUGGGAGGCCGCGUAAGGACGUGGAAAAGGCGAUGGUUCACGCUGAGGAACAGCGAGAUCCUUUAUUACAAGUCGCCCAGUGACGUCAUCCGCAAGCCCCAAGGCCAGAUCGAGCUUGGCUCCUCCUGUCGUAUUGUGCGUGGGGAGGGAGCGCAGACCUUCCAGCUGGUGACGGAGAGCAGGACGUACUACCUGACUGCAGACUCCCCCAACAUCCUCGAGGAGUGGAUCCGUGUGCUGCACAACAUCCUGAAGGUCCAGCUGGCAAGCCCACCGGGCUCUCGAGCCGAAUGGAAACCGGCUGUCCGAGGCUGGCUGACCAAGGUGAGACAUGGCUACUCCAAGCUGGUCUGGUGCUCUCUCAUUGGGAAGGUUUUCUACUACUUCCGGAAUCAGGAUGACAAGUUCCCCCUGGGUCAACUGAAGGUCAGAGGAGCUAAAGUUGAAGAGGUGGACCGCUCCUGCGACUCCGAUGAGGAUUACGAGGCCGGGGGCCGAGGGUUCCUCUCCUCCCACUUCACACUGGUCAUCCAUCCAAAGGAUCAAAGCCCAACUUACCUGCUGAUUGGCACAAAGCAGGAGAAGGACACUUGGCUCUACCAUUUGACUGUGGCGGCUGGGAGCAGCCAUUCCAAAGUAGGUACAGAGUACGAGCAGCUGAUCGGAAGACUGCUAGAUGUCGAUGGACAGUCAGACUCGCUUAUCUGGAAGCACCCGGUCCUGUGCUGCAGUAAAGACAGCAUCCUCACUGCCCUCACCACCCUCCCCUCCAAUGCCCUGCAGACAGAAGCUCUGAAACUCUUCAAGUCGUGCCAGUUGUUCAUCAACGUGCUGGUGGAAGCGCCUUCAAUUGACUACCAUGUGUCGUUGGCUCAGAACGCACUUCAGGUUUGCCUGACACACACCGAGCUACAGAACGAAAUCUUCUGUCAGUUCAUCAAGCAGACCAGCAACAGGCAGUCACACAACUUCUCCCUCAUACAGUGCUGGCAGCUCCUGGCGCUGUGUGUUGCUCUUUUCCUCCCUCAGCAUCACUUCCUGUGGUAUCUCAAGCUUCACCUCCAGCGCAACGCGGACCCCAGGACGGAGAUUGGCAAAUACUCCAUCUACUGCCAGAGGUCUUUGGAACGCACGCUGCAGAAUGGCGACCGCGAGGCCAAGCCGUCCCGGAUGGAAACCAUGUCGAUCCUCCUGCGAAACCCUUAUCACCACUCCCUGCCGUUCAGUAUCCCUGUGCAUUUCAUGAAUGGAACUUACCAGGUUGUGGGGUUUGACGGUUCCACCACUGUUGAGGAAUUCCUGAAUACAUUGAACCAGGAGAUAGGGAUGCGGAAACCCUCACAGUCAGGAUUUGCGCUCUUCACGGAUGAUCCCUCUGGAAAGGACCUGGAGCACUGUCUACAAGGCACUGUGAAGAUUUGUGAUGUCAUUUCGAAGUGGGAACAGGCCCUGAAGGAACUUCACCCUGGGAAAUACGAGAGCAACAGGAUAGUGAGACUGAUGUACAAGAGCCGGUUGUAUUUCAGAGCUCAGGCGAAGGGCGAAACGGAACGAGAGAGGCUGCUGCUGGCCUACCAGCUUAAUGAAGAGGUGGUGAACAGCCGAUUCCCUAUCAGUAAGGACUUGGCGUUGGAGGUGGCUGCGUUAAUGGCACAGGUGGAGUAUGGAGACCUUGCUCGACCUGCCCCUUCCAGUCCCGGAGGCAGCUCCCAGUCCAAGAAUCAACAGUUUCUGCAGCAGGUUCUGGAGAAAUUCUACCCCAAGCACUACAGACAAGCCUGUACCCCAGAGCAGCUCAAGCGACUAUGCGACAGGCUGGCUACCAAGUGGAUAUUACUGGGGGGCUGCAGUGGAGCCGACUGCGUGCGCAUCUACCUGACCGUAGGCCGGAAGUGGCCGCUUUUUGGAGCAAAACUCUUCACUGCUAGGCCAAUUGCACCUUCACCACUUGAAGAGAAGCCUGUUUGGUUGGCUGUUAAUGAAGAUGGAAUGAACAUACUGGAAAGCAGUACAAUGCAUCUGGUGUUAAGUUGCCCCUACCUAUCCAUCGUGACUUUUGGAGGAUAUCGCGAUGACUUUAUGAUCGUACUCAGCAAACCCAGGGAUGAGAACACAGCAAAGACCACUGUAGAAAAGCUAGUGUUUGCCAUGGCAAAGUCGAAGAUCCUGGAGUUGACACUGAUCCUGGCCAGCUACAUCAACCACAGCAGCUGUCAUCCGCUGGCCAUCUCGUCCAGCUCGCCACCCACAAGCCUCUCCAACAAGAAACUGUGGGAGAUCGACAGCAAACACUUCCCGAGCAUGACGCGGACUACGCAAGGUCCUACCCUGCUCUGAGACUCUCUGGCCAGUGCUGAAUGGCGUGGAGCUGUCAGAGGACAAACCAGUUGGACAAUUCAAAUGGUGCACAGUUGACACUUGUGUCUGGACUUUGUUGCAGUUGUGUGUAUUUAUGUGCUCGAUUAGUGCUUAGACUUUGUUUACCUACUGACGAUUCACAUACCACCUCACAGCCCAUUGUUAUCAGUUGGGUUCAUACUGGUGGCAAGUUUUGGGCUCCUUGGGGACAUUAAUGCUGAGGCUGGACCACAUGCAACAAACUGGAAUGUUUGUGGCCGUUCAACUGGAUACUAUCCAUGGGGGGAGGUGUCCCCUUUUGGGAAGGGUGCUUUAUAUCAGGAAGAACCUUUCUCAAGGGCUCAUUCUGACCCCUUACAUUUAUUCCAAACCCCAUCCAAAGAUCCCCGAAUUACGAUGGGUUGGAAUGCCAAGGGCAAAGGUACAAUGCACAUUAUGUUGCUGCUAAGUUAUUUCUGAGUCAGAGACUAUGAAAGUUCCAGCGGGAACUGGAUACCUGUGGAUGAUAAAAGGCCCUGCUGUGCCAGGAAACCCAGUAACAUCAUGGAACCCCCAUCAACAGAGCACCAGCAUGGUUCUUGGAAGUGGUCCCAAGACUUGCAGAAGCUGCUCAGUGUUCCCUCCCCUUCAGCCUUUACCAUUGGGAUUGAUGGCAAUGCCACAGGUCACUUCCUAAUCAUGGGGAGAGUGGACUGUUCAGCGGCUCAUGCUAUUUCAGGCCAUUGCUCAAGAGGCUGUCUUGUAAGGUCUCUGGAAUAACCAACCGAUCCCUCAUCAGAGCCCCUCGCCCCCACAGCAGUGCCUGAUACAAUAAGCACAUACCUCUUGAACGCGUGCCACUGAGGUACAAAAGACACUGGAGUGACCCUCUAAGUAAGGAGGGUGCCAGCAGCAGAACACGAGCACCAUUGCACAGUCCAGCUGUGGGUAAUCAACAGUCAAUGUCUCCAUUCCAUUUAAUAACUGGAACGGGUUUCUGGGAUGAACUGUGAAGCGCUUAAGCUACCCAAUUUUUGUCCUCAUUGUCACUGGGGGGACAAAGUCACCACUGAACACAGCAGCUGCUAGUGCCCAGCAGUGAGUUAUCUGAAAACAGUGUAAAGCAGGUGGAUAUGUUCGUGGUUGAGUGAAGUUAUGUAGGAUUAUUGUGGAGGGAUUGUUUAUCAAAACAAAUCGUGACUAUAGCUGAAGCUUCACCUUUCCAGUGCACUUGAUUCAACUGCCAACUGGAAGAGGCUGGUACUGGACUAAUCUUUUGUUUCUUCAAAGUGUUUAUCCUUCCUGCCCACCCAAAGCGCCCACUGGUUCACAGACAGUCAUUGUCCCUUGAUGCAAGUACAAGGGAGAUGAUUAUAGAAACAUUCUAGUUCUUCACGUUUGCACGGCUGCACCACUCGCCUAACCCCAGCCUGCAGAGAGUAGGAGAGAGGUGUGCUCGCUUGUGGAGGAUUUUUGUUUAUGAGUGACUACCUCAAGGACAGUGAGAGCCAAGUGUCCUUAAUAAAACGCCCUUACUGAACCAUUUCUUCCCUGUUCAAGCGGACAGUCUUCAUUACCAGACCCAGCUCUCACAUCCUACUACUCUGAUGCAGUUUUAAAUUCUGACUUCUGAGCUGCUAUCUCAGUAACCAUGACUCAUUCUUUAACACUGUUAACAUGUUGCAUUUUGAAUCACACUCCUGUGUGGUACAAAAGCAGUCCCGCACUCUGAGGUGAGAAGUUAAUGUACAGUCCCAUCUGCACUCUUAGAUGAAUGUGGAACUAAUCAAUACCCUGACCAAUGUCAUCACCCAGCAUCUCUGAAAGACAUUUAUCACAGUGUCGUUUGUACGAUCUCAUUGUACACAAGUUGACUGCUGAGUUUCAUCUUGAACCUAGUCACUGCACUUGAGAUGUGUUUUGGCUGUAAAGUGCACUGAGGCAUCCUGAUGUCAAAAGUCCUGUUUGGACGGAUGUUCUUGGGUCUUGUCAGUGCUUUAGUUGUAGUUCCACAUUGAUGCAUAUCAUUAGAAAAUAGUGCUCUGAGGGCUGUGUAAAAUGCCAAGAAAGAAAAAUUUCCAAAUUCACUGCCUUUCACAGCAUCAGGAAGCCCCAAACCAAGGCCUUUGUAAAGUAGGGAAAAUGUAACCUGUCAGUGACCUCCCAGUAAAGAACAUGGGUACAUGCAGUCAGCCAGAUGCUUCCAACAACCAACAGUGACUGGCACCUUAGAAGAUCGUCUCCAACCAGCCUAACAGUCACCGCAGCUCCACUCUCAGGACACAAUACUCUUUCUAACAUCAGCACUCACCAAUACAUCAUUGCUUCCCAUAACUUCCCUAUGUAUCCGAGUCAAGUCCUUGCCGCUGAAGUAACAAUUUGGCCAGCAUUUUAAUAAUUCAGAACGUAGAAGAGUACAGCACAGGAACAGGCCAUUCAGCCCACAAUGUUGUGCCAAACCAGGUAAAAAGCAAAUCAAAAACACACAAGUACUAAUCCCUCCUACCGACUCCAUGUCCCUAUCCUUCCAACAUCCAUGUGCCUAUCCAAACAUGUCUUAAAAGCCUCUAAUGUAUUUGCCUCUACCACCAUCCCAGGCAUCCACGAUUCUCUGAGUACAAAACUUAACCGUCAUAUCUGUCUUGAACCUAUCCCCUCUCACCUUCAAUGCAUGCCCUCUGGUAUUAGACGCUUCAAUCCUGGGAAACAUACUCCCUGUCCACUCUAUCUACGCCUCUCAAUCUUACAAACCCCUAUCAGAUCUUCCCUCAGCCUCCGGUGCUCCAGAGAAAACAACCCCAGUUUAUCCAGCCUCCAGUGAUAGCACAUGUCUUCUAAACCAGACAGUAUCUUGGUAAACCUCUUCUGCACCCUCAACAUCCUUCCUAUAGAGGGACAAACAGAAUUGUAUGCAAUAUUCCAGAAGUGUCCGUGAAAUGCAUAGUGUUAGUGAAAGUCCUCAGCAAAUAAGGCAGUACACACAGAGAGGGGAGUUACCAUUUCAGACCGAUGAGCUGUAAUCUGAAUUGAGAAAUGGCCCAUAUUUUGAAUAUUACCAAGCCAGGUGAAAAUGCUGUGGGGUUGCUGGUAGCUGGGAAGUGCUUGUGGUCUUAUACAAGACCUUAGGGAUGGUCUGUGAUGGAAGGCAAGAGGGAAUUGGGGAGGAAGGGACCAGGGCAAAGGGUAGACAGGUGGAGUAAAUGUUACAGCGAAACCAGUAAAGCUGCUGUCUGGUAAAGGGACACUUGGUCUUUAUGAUCUCGUUGAGUUGGAAUGUCCCACCAGCCCUGCCCCAUUCUCUAAAGAAUUCACCAUUCUGACUUGACCUGCCCUGCCUUGCUGGUCUCAUUGUGGAGCAGGUUUAAAACUAGCAUCAGUAAUAUUUUUAGUUUGCUCUGAACAGAAUGAGUAAUAUCCUUGUGUGAAUAGGGAGAUGAGCAAUUUCAAAGCAAUAGGUUUAAAUUUGGGCAUUGCUUUUUUGCCCUCUUCAAAGCCUGAAUACAGAGCUGCCAACGCAUGUAAUGCCAAAUAGGGCCAUUAAUAACUUUACUUGCAGAGACUAGGGACUACAAAUGCUGUGUUCUGGAUUAAAAACACAAACUGCUGAAAGAAUUUGGCAAUUUACUGGUCAAUUAGACUCUCCUGAAUGUGUGUUUAUCUGUUGGGAGCCAACUACAACUACAUUUAUGUGAGUAUGAUAUAAAAGAUGGCAGGAUAAUCACCCAAACUCUCUCCCAUUUCCCAAAGAUAGUCGAUAAUGUUCCAACCCAAAGCUUUUGAUCUUUGGGGAUGAAUUGGGUUUAGGAGGAUUUACUAUUAAAAUAUAAAGAAAAUAAGAAGAAAUUCAGAUGAUUUGGAAGUUACUGUUAACAUCGAUGAAAUCAGCAGCCAAUUGCUACACUACAGAAGGUGAAUGAGUGACGGCUUAUUUUUUUGUUAAGGCUGGGAGAAAGGGAAGUGUUGAGCAGAAUCUACAGACUCAUAGUUUUUUUUUGUUUAGAGUAGUUUUACAGUUUUGUUCCAUCUCAUUGGCACUUGGUAAUAGCUAUGAGGAAAUGUCCAUCUCGUGUAUUUUGCAAUUGAUGGUUUUGGUUCACUUUGUGUACUGUAGCUGAUUGAAAUUCUGGGAAGAAUCUGAUGCAAAAUGUGCCAAAACAUCAGUUUAACUUUGAGCUGUGUGAUGUUGAUAGCAGAGAAGAAAUGUAAUGAGAAUCUGCCACGGUCAGGUACUUGGUCUAAGCUGUUGCUCAGUACCCCCUUGGCAUGUAUCCUUGCUAGAAUGAGCCAGAGUCCCUAUUGUUUGAUCUCACCAAGUUGUCUCCUGAUGUUCAGCCUAAGCCAUAGGAGCAGAAUUAAGCUAUUGGGCCCAUAGAGUCUGCUCUGCCAUCCCAUUGUAGCUGAUUUAUUACCCCUCUCAACCCCUUUCUCCUGCCUUCUUCCCUGUAACCUUUGAUACCCUUACUAAUCAAGAACCUAUCAACCUCUGCUUUAAAUACACCUGUCCACAAAUGCAUGCGGUUGAAUUGUCAGUACCUUGUACUGGACCACUGCUAACCACUCAAGUAGCCACUAACUGUUCUAAUAACCUUUUUUUCCAGCUGUUCCCCUGUCUAGUGUUGGAGCUGACGAGUAAAAUCCUGCACUGCAUCCAAGAUUAAUUUGCAACACUCCUCAUCCACUUCAAACUUGCACACACAGUCAAGGCUGACUAUUCAGUAGAGAAGGCUGAUAAUGGAAUCUGGUGAUAGAACAGAAUUCUCACAACGGACAGUGUGUCACUUCGCCCUGGUUAUAAACACUACACACUUUGUGCUACAAAUUGAAUACUUGAUCCUAAGGGGGCAAAAUGCAUCUCUGAGUGGUUAUACCAGAUGUACUGUAGCUUUUAUUUAUUCCAGCUGUUGAAGUGAAUAGUGAAUGUUUUUUCACUUUAACUUGAGUUGGCUAAAGUUUGACAUAAUAUGAAAGAGGGUUGUACUGGAAUAUUCUCAUACUCCUUUCCCUCCAUGACUGGUAGACAAAAUAAAGUAUUGCCAAAAGUA